UUUCAAUAGGAUUGAAUACGUGAAGCAUGCGUUGAACCACCAACAAUCUGUCACUGAUUCAGAUAUCUCGUAUUUCUUGAAUAAAAUCUUCCUUUAUGAAUAAAUAAUGGGACUUUUGAUACAAUGGUCCUUUACGCAAGGAUUCAUAUUAGGGCAACUGUUAACGGUUUCAGUUAUUUACGUGUUUCUUAGGUUUUUUUUGUUUUGUAAUCCACCACCACAAGACCUAGCCAAGGAUGAAGAGAAGAUUGAAGCAAUUAAAUCUCAACAAACUAUUUCUUCUCCUAGUUCUUCUGCUGGCACUGCCAAUGCUAGUGAUAACGCUAGACAUUAUUUUCAAGAUGCCCAUUCAACUUUGAAAUCGGAGUUUUUAGAUUCUCUUUAUAAUGUCAACGAACACGAACCUGAAUCAUUAGACUGGUUCAAUGUCUUAAUUGCCCAAGCUUUAACUCAAUUUCGGCAUGAUGCAAGCUCGAACAAUGUGGCCUUAAGAAAAUUAGAAGCAGUUUUGAAUAAAGGUACCCAAGACAGAACAAUGGUUGAUCACAUCUAUGUGAAAAACCUUUCACUGGGUAGAGGAUUCCCUGUCUUCAGUCAUUGUAGGGUUCUUCGUCGAGAGCAGGGCUCUUCUCAGCUACGAGCGGAAAUGCUAGUUUCUCUGAAGGAUAAUCUCACAUGCACAGUUGAAACGAAGCUGCUACUAAAUUUUCCAAAACCUUCAUUUGCGACACUUCCUCUGUCGAUAACUAUCAGUAUGCGAAGAUUUGUCGGGAAGAUGAUGAUUCAUUUUUCUCCAAGCAACGGAGCAGAUCAACCAGCUUACUUUAACUUCUCGUUUGACCCUGAUUUUGUAAUCUCUUUAGAAGUCAAUUCCCUUAUAGGAGCACGAUCAAAACUACAGGAUAUCCCAAAAAUUACUCAAUUAAUUGACUCUCGUGUCCGUCAGUGGUUUAUUGCUCGUUGUGUUUCCCCUCAAUUUCAACAAAUCGCUAUACCCAACCUUUGGCCCACUUCUGCAAAAGAAGGGCAUGCACGCUCACAAACGACGAAUUCAGAUGUACACUGCAAUAUGUAAAGAAUGCAAAUCCAACAAAAUCCUUAAGUGUUUCAUUCUAUUUCUGUCGUCUUGACAGAAAAGGUGGAUAUUUGCGACCGGGUAUCCAUCCAUUAUUUUCGUAUUUGAGCCACCACCGAUUGCACUCAAAAAUUACUCCUUCCAUAUUCAUUCUCUUUAUGAUCCUUGCAACAUUUCUCGAAUCGUCUAUGCCACAAUGUUGGUUUCCUUCAAAUCGAAGAUUCCAUCGUUGCAGCAUUCUUUCAAUAUUUCUUCUUGGAACACGGUAUACAUCUGAAAAAUAGGCUCGGACGUCGACGAAAUGACCUUUCAUCCAGUCUGGGAUGUGUGUAUCACUAUAUUUGAACUGUAAUGUUAGCUGGGAUAACUUUUCAAAGAGAAGGAAAUUUUUAUAAAUCAUAGUCAUGUUAAUUAAACAAAUGAAGAUGAAUACCUGCUUUGCAAGGAAUGAUGCCAUAUCCCAUGGGCCAUCACAUGCCCAAGCCCAAUUUUUUGGCUGACUCCUAGGAAUUGCUCGUGAGGGUUUGAGGAUUUUUAUUUCAUCAAUUGGUGGUUGAAGAAUAGCUCUAUGUUGCCUUAAAAAAUCUGUUAAAUUUUCGAGUACUUGUAGGAAUGACGGUGCUUUGUCAAUAACUGACUGUUGUAUCCCAGUUAAUGACUUGCAAUAGUCAGAUAAUGUAGGAUUCGAAUUUGGUUGAACAUAAGAAUGAAAUUCGUCGAUAAUCUCAUUUGUCUCCAAAUCGUAAAGUAGACAGGGAAAUUCUAUUAUUUCAUUAUCGAAAGUAAAUCCACAUCCUUCCUCACAUGUUGCUUCUACAUCGACUAUUAAUAAAUAUCGACUACAAUGGAAAUUAUCGUGUUAGUUAAUUGUAAAUUUCUGUGAAACACAACAA